GAUCCCGGAAGUUCAGAUUCUGGACUUCCGUCCCGGAAGCUCAGUUUUAAGCAUGGCAUUGGGAGGGGAGGGACGUAAGAGAAGGAAGGGCCAGGAGCGGAGACAGAGCCCUGAAGACGGCGUGGGGAAUGCGGCCACCGACUACCUGGUGGGACAGGUCGCCGACAGCUUGCGGGCCGGCCCACGUCCUCCUGGCGGCGGGACGGGGCGGCUGGCCGCUCUCUUCAGCACCCUGGAGCCAUCGGCUCCCCCUGUCUUUGUGCCUGUGCCCCAGGAAACAUCUAAGAAAAGAAAACUUGAUGAUGAAGAAGAGAGCGUGUCCGUGUCCCAUAUUAAAAAGCCAGUUUUGCAACAGCCUGCAAGAAAAGUGAAAGUGAAGAAACUCUCUGAUGCAGACAAGAGGCUGGCAAACAGGGAAAGUGCUCUAGCAAGUGCUGAUUUAGAAGAAGAGCAUCAGGACCAAGGGCAGAGAAGGAGAAGGUCUCAGUCUCAGGGUAAAGUGGCAGAUGGAGAAGCACUGAGUGUUGCCCCCAGCCUCAAUGAAGAUGGGGGCCAAAGAACAAAAAUCCCACUCAACCCCGAAGAGGAGCGGUUAAAAAAUGAGAGGACUGUGUUUGUGGGCAAUUUGCCCGUCACAUGUAAUAAGAAGAAGCUGAAGUCAUUUUUUAAAGAGUAUGGACAAGUAGAAUCCGUACGAUUUCGUUCUGUGAUGCCAGCAGAGGGGACACUAUCCAAGAAGUUGGCUGCAAUAAAACGUAAAGUUCAUCCUGACCAGAAAAGCAUCAAUGCAUAUGUAGUGUUUAAGGACCAGAGCGCUGCUGCAAAAGCCCUGAAAAGAAAUGGGGCUCAGAUUGCAGAAGGAUUUCGUAUUCGAGUUGAUCUGGCAUCUGAAACCGCCUCUAGGGACAAGAGAUCAGUAUUUGUGGGAAAUCUUCCUUACAAAAUUGAAGAGUCUGCUUUGGAGGAACACUUUCUGGACUGUGGGAGCAUUGUGGCAGUGAGGAUCGUGAGAAACCCACUUACAGGAGUUGGCAAAGGGUUUGGUUAUGUGCUCUUUGAGAACACAGAUGCUGUUCAUCUUGCUUUGAAGUUAAAUAAUUCUGAGCUAAUGGGAAGAAAACUGAGAGUUAUGCGUUCUGUUAAUAAAGAAAAACUAAAACAACAGAAUUCAAAUCCAAACUUGAAGAAGGAUGUCAUUAAACCUAAGCAAAAACUUAAUUUUACUUCCAAAGAAGGAAAAUUACAUUCCAAGAAUGCAUUUAUUGGAGAGAAGGCAGUUCUCAUGAAAAAGAAGAAGAAAGGACAAAAGAAAGUACAAACGAAGAAGCCAAGAAAACAGCAGUAAUAACUGAAGUUGCCCCCUUCUUUUCUGUGGUGAAACCUUUCAAUGAGUAUCUGGGUUUUUAUGAAUUAUGUGGAAAAUGUGGAGGUUUCCACAGUGGCUGUCUGUCUAUCUUCUUUUUCUUUUUAUUUUUUUUAAUUCAUGCUAUAUGUAAGUCUUCUUUGAAACAUUGUCCUUAGAAAUGUAUUUAAAGAAAAAUAAUAAACAUUAAUACUCUGUGUUUAGGCUAAGUGUUCAAAUGGUUACUGCGGGAAUACUGAUUCCAGGUGUACUCACAGAACCUAAGAAAGACUUGCGAGCUAUUUAAAACACACAUACUCAUUCUUCACCUCUCAUUUUUCUUUCUCUUGUAAUUGUAGUGGAAAUCUACAUUUCUAUCUUAUUAUUCCAUACAUCUAGUAAUUGCUAACCAAUACAACUGCUAAGAUAAGAGUGACUAUCUUCUAAUUUGUAGCCAGGGACUACAGUGGUCAUUGAUGUCCUUGGCUAUAAAGGGGGUUUCAUAAGAAAAAUACUCUCCCAGGAAAACAUGAUGCUUAAAUUAGUAUCACUCAGAAUGAAACAGCUGUCCCAGAAAGUUUAGAGACAGCAUCUAAUGAAUUAUGUUAAUUAAAUUGCAAUCUUUAAAGUUGAAUGACAGGACAACAUGCUGCCAUAUUCCCUAAGUUCCAGACACUGAUCUUACCAGGCUGGUUCUGGAUCCAGGAUGAAGUGGGGGAAGGGGGAAGCCAAGGCUGAUUCAGGCAGGCAGAGUCCAGUAAGUACACAUAGGCAAGAGGGAGGACAGGUUUCCACUCAUUUAGUUGUAAAAGUGCUCUUUGGGAAAUGCCAUGUAGAAAACCUAUUCAGGUCUUUAAAACAGCUCUAGAGACUGGAGAGAUGGCUUCUUGGUUAAGAGCGAGCCCUGCUCUUCUGAGUACCUAAGUUCAUUCAAUUCCUAGCACCCAUGUCGAGCAGUUUCCAACUGUCUGUAACUUGAGUUCCUAGGUCCAACUCCUCAGGUAUAUCUCCAGACUUCUGCACUCACGAACAUAACUGACACAUAUAUUCAAGUAAUUAAAAAUAAAAGUGUAUCAUUUACAGCAGAGAAAGCUCUAUUUCCUGAAUCCAAGACUAGAUAAUUUAUGGCUAGUUUCCCUUACAGUAUUUAGAACCUUAUAGUUACAUUUCAGCAAUCAUUCUGGAGCAUUUCUGCAUAAACUAUAUAAAGAUGCAACAUUAGAUUGUGUGUGCAUAUAUAAUCUAUGUACAACUUAUGACUCCUGUGAGUAAGCAGAUUAUAUACAUGCAUACAUGUAAUGUAUAUGGUGUGAAUGCAGGUACAUGUGGAGUCAGGAAACUUGAGAGUUCUCUCCUUCCACGGCAUGGACUUUUACUCACUGAGCCAUCUCACUGGCCCCAGAUAUUUUGGAAUUUGUUACUAUGUAACUGUUGAAAUUUCUACUUUAGAAUGUGUGUGCUACUAUGAUUGUAAAUCAUUAAAAAAUGUAUUUUGUAGAAAAAAUUCCAAA